ACAGGUAUCGCCAUUUCCAAGCGCCCUGUUUCAAAAUGGCAGCUAGAAGGAAGUUUGCGGUGAGGACGAACGCGAAGUUAUAACUUUAAGGACGUCAGCGCAACUUCCGGUCUGCUGGCAAGAUGGCUGCGCCCAGUGGUGGUUUGCAACCUCGUGAACGGCGUUUUGCAGUGCAGGAACAGGACUGGGGUAACGCGCCGCCUAAGAGGCCCCGGCUUGGGGCAGGAAGCAAGAGCGGAGGCCGUAGGCUCAUUGUGGUGCUGGAAGGGGCCAGUCUGGAGACAGUCAAGGUAGGGAAAACUUACGAGCUACUCAACUGUGACAAGCACAAGUCCAUGUUGUUGAAGAAUGGACGGGAUCCAGGGGAAGUCAGACCAGACAUCGCCCACCAGAGCUUACUGAUGCUGAUGGACAGCCCCCUGAACCGAGCUGGCUUGCUACAGGUUUAUAUACACACACAGAAGAAUGUACUGAUUGAAGUAAACCCCCAGACUCGGAUUCCCAGGACCUUUGACCGCUUUUGUGGCCUCAUGGUUCAGCUUUUACACAAACUCAGUGUCCGAGCAGCUGAUGGCCCUCAGAAGCUUUUGAAGGUAAUUAAGAAUCCAGUGUCUGACCACUUCCCAGUUGGCUGUAUGAAAAUUGGCACUUCCUUUUCCAUGGCAGACGUCAGUGAUGUGCGAGAGCUGGUGCCCAGGAGUGACCCAAUUGUUUUCGUGGUGGGGGCCUUUGCCCAUGGCAAGGUCAGUGUGGAGUACACAGAGAAGAUGGUGUCCAUCAGCAACUAUCCACUGUCUGCUGCCCUCACCUGUGCCAAACUUACCACAGCCUUUGAAGAAGUAUGGGGUGUCAUUUGAGAACAGCGGAGCCUAGUUCUCAGACAGGACUCUUGUGUCUGUUGACUCCUAAGGUGUCUGUUGGAAGAUAAUCUUCUGUACCAAGACGGCAGAGUGGGCAACCAAGACUGAAUUUGUUUUUUGUUUUCCUAUAAAGACUGUGCUUUUUUCUUUUC